CGGGGCCAGUCCCCCGUCAGAGGCGCUCCUCGGGGCGGGGACCCGGAGCGGUGGGCGUUGAGUCCGUGGCUUCUCCCUCCUCCUCCAAGUAAAAGUCUCAGCAGGAAGUGCUGCGCUGACAGUCACCUGGUUUGGCUGCAAUUAAGUCAUACUGGUACUUUUUAUUUCACAUUUAUCGCAUCCGACAGCAAGUAAGCGUUUUAGUUUCAUUAUAAAGUAGUUUGUUUUUUUACUGGAAAGUUGUAAGGAGCAGAUAUUGGCGGUGUAUUUCUCGAGGGAGUGGAGUUCUGUUAUAUCCUGAUGUCAAACAGGUUUCUUCAUGAUCUUUAGAAAAAACACAAGCGCCAGUUUCAAUCUUUGUGGCGCAUGACGCACCAGACGGUAACGAAAAGCCUCACUGGUAUCUCCAAAGCUCCAACAAGAUCUCCUCGGCAUUUAUUAGAGCUCAAGAGUUGGAGGCGGUGAGACCAGCAUGGAGCCCAAAGCCAUGGCAAAUGAGAAUUUUUUUAUUGUUGUUCGUGGAAAGUCCAGGAAAGGUUUUUCUCGAGGAUGUAUUGGUCGCGUGGAGUCCGAGACCCCGCGCGGGGAGAUGACGGUUCUCCUGUAUGGAUGCGGCAGCAACUCGGGGACUCCCAAGAACAGAGGCGUCCUGAACAGGGAGGACACAUGCGCACUGACGCGCCACCAGGCCCAGCUGCUGCUCUACAUCUCCAGUGCGGGUAAACGUUACGAGCUCGUAUGCAACGUCCGGCUCUUCUCCGCCAUCUGCGCUCUUACCCAGAACGACCUGGUGGUGGUCAGGCACAGAAAGGGAAACCUGCCGGGGAUGGUGAAGAACCUGAUGCAAAUUGGAAAGAAGGAGAGCAAAGCUGACCUGCACAUGCUUGGCUUUCAGGUGGAAUUUGUGAACAAUGUUUAUAAUUUGUCAUCCAAGAAAGCUGCUAUGGUGCAACUUUUCAGUGCGGCAGACAUCAGUCAAGUGAUUCCAUCCAACUCCAACCCCCUUGAACUUCACUUGAGUGAUAGCAGUUUUGGAAGUUUAAGCAGAAAAACAUUGACUCGCAUCCAGUCCAUGCCAAACGUGGAAACCUGUACAAAGCAAGAUGUGUGGAACCACGGAGAGCAGAGGGAUGUUCAGAACCAGCAAACAGAUUCCUCUCAGAUGCGCCUGGAGGUGGGAUCCAUGGUAGAGGUUAUUUCCGACGGUGGGAUCACAGCUUAUGGAGUCAUCCGGUGGCUCGGGAUCCCAGAAGAGAUGACAGAAGAGUGGGCUGGGAUUGAACUGGACUACGAGGUCGAUGGCUGCUCUGAUGGAAAGUACGGAGGCCAGAGAUUUUUCACCUGUGAGAGCAAUAAAGCUUUGUUUCUUCCCAUCUCAAAGUGCAGCCCUGACAGCCGCUUCUUCUGCUCAACAGAGAAACACAAAGUCACCGAAAUCCCUCCAGUUCCUCUAAAUGAGGACUUGGAGGAAGACGCACCACCAGUUCCAGAAUCCAAAGCACUGUCGUUGUUUUUGGGUAGAAUGAAGGGCAUACAGGGCCACAUAAAUUCUUGUUACCUGGAUGCGACACUCUUCAGUUUGUUCAGUUCGUCUGUGGUUGUGGAUCGGAUCUGCCAGAAGCCUGCUGAACCACAGCAACCUCUAAACUGCACUCUGAGAACUAUAGUCAAUCGUUUACGCAGACAAGGCUUUGUGCCUGCAGAGUGUGUCAUGAAUUUUCGAAAACAGCUUGGCUGUGACACUUUCAGGACAGACGAAAAAGACCCAGAGGAGUUCAUCAGCGUUCUCUUUCAGAAGGUGCUGUGCAUAGAGCCACUACUCAAGCUCAGGUCAGAAGGUGAAACCUCUCAGGGGGCCAACACCCUCCAGAUCUUCCUUGAAAAAGAGCAGCUUCAGCAUAUUCCAACAGUCCAGCAGUUAUUGGAUACAUCAUGCAUGUCAGAGGACCUUAAAUUUGAAAUGGUGCCAUCCUGUCUGAUAAUUCAGAUGCCAAGAUUUGGAAAUAAGUACAAGAUGUUUUCCCACAUCAUUCCUUCUAUGGAGCUGGACAUCACAGAUCUUCUACACAAUUCUCCACGGGAAUGCUUCAUCUGUGGACAUUUGGCAGAAUUUGAGUGUCCUCAAUGUCUCCCAGAUCGCAAGCUGCAACCAGGGAGGAUCAAACAAUACUGCCUUACCUGCAACACACAGGUGCACAGCCAUCCGUCUCGGUGCAGUCACUUUCCCCGUGCAGUAACAGUUCCAGCAGAUGCAGACACACCUGUGCCUAGGCACACCAUGCAGCUGUUUGCUGUGCUCUGCAUUCAGACCAGCCACUAUGUGUCCUUUGUCAAAUAUGGCCCUGAACCUCACUCGUGGGUAUUCUUCGACAGCAUGGCCGACAGAUGUGGUGAUGAUCAAAGUGGCUACAACAUUCCCGAGAUCCGAGCCUGUCCUGAGCUCGGAGACUUCUUGUGUCAGUCAGAAGAAGAGCAGGCCCGAUCCAAUCCUCUUCAGGCUCCAGAGUUAGUGCGAAGGCUGCUGUGUGAUUCUUACAUGUUAUUAUACCAGAGCACUGACGCACCACCUUCAAAGCCAAACAACCAAGAAUCUUAAAGGCACUUAAGGACGAGGACACUAUGUUCCAUAACAGUCUUUAACUAAAUAUGUGUGUUCACUUCAUGCACUUUAUUACAUCCAGACACCAGUAACUGAAUGGAUGGUGACACUAUUACACAAGAAAGAGGAUUUACAUAUUAUACAAUAUUUAGUAUAGUAUAAAAAUAUAGUACAUUUUGCAGUACAAAGUCUUUUGUUUGCUUGAGUUAAACUCUGAGCUGUUGUUUACCCACAGUGUACGAAUGAUGGUGUUUAUAUUUUGAAUUUCAUGCCUUGUGGUUAUUUGUAAAAAUCUCUUCAAUAAAUGCAAUGGCAGAUUAUA